UCCCACGCUCACAGGGCGGUUAAUAUGCUGUGUUGGAGUAAAUCAGUGAAAAGGGAUGUGGGAAUUCACUUCCACUAGUUAAAAUAGUACAAACUGUAUGGUAAAAACUACCAGUAGUGUCUCCAACUGUGGGUGUUCCACAACACCGGCGACGGCGUUUGAGAAUGACUCACCCUCCACCACUCCGGUACGAUCCUUACUAUCCACAGCCUCCUUAUUUUCCGCCCGAAAACUACGGGUUCAGCACCAUCCCUACCGUCCCCGCCACCACCACCAGGGAUCCUAAAGGAGGCAUCAAUACACUGUUUGUCUCUGGACUCCCAGAUGACGUUAAAGCGCGUGAGAUACACAACCUCUUCCGCCGCCGGCCCGGAUUCGAGUUCUGCCAGCUCAAGUACACCGGCCGUGGCAAUCAGGUUGUUGCAUUUGCUACGUUUGUGAAUCAUCAAUCAGCAAUGGCAGCGCUUCAUUCACUAAAUGGUGUAAAAUUUGAUCCUCAAACUGGAUCCAGUUUGCAUAUAGAGCUUGCUAGAUCAAAUUCAAGAAGAAAAAAUAAGCCAGGAAGUGGGCCUUAUAUUGUUAUUGACAAACGAACUAAAUCUUCAAAUGAUGCGCAUGAAACAUCAAGUGAUGAUGGAGAUAGUGAUGAUCCAUCCAGGCCCAACAAUCCUGACUCUGCAAACCAGGAUGAUUCAGUGGUGGAGAAAAGUAGCGAGGUUGCUGCUGAAGCUGAUAAUACUUUAGCCCCAGAAACUGAGCAAGCAGAAAAGGCUGUAGAUGGUACACAAGCGUGUUCAACUUUGUUUAUUGCAAACCUGGGUCCCCUUUGCACUGAAGAUGAACUCAAGCAAGCCCUUUCUCAAUAUCCAGGAUUUAACUCCCUCAAAUUACGUGCCAGAGGGGGCAUGCCUGUUGCAUUUGCUGAUUUUGAGGGAGUUGAACAAGCAUCGGAGGCAAUGAAUGCACUUCAAGGCAGCUUGUUGUCAUCAUCAGACCGGGGCGGCAUGCAUAUAGAAUAUGCGAGGUCUAAAAUGAGGAAGCCUUAAAGAGGACAACACUGUCAAAACCCCAAAAAUUCACUCCGGCACUGCUGUAAAUUUUGAAAAGAAACACGAAGAAUGGCAGCACUCUAUGGCAUAGCUGUCUAAAUGAGAUCCUUGCUAGACACUUAAUGAAGAAAAUCGAAAGCUCUAAAAUGAGAUUCUUGUUAGAUAUUUAAUCUUCGACUGUAUGAGCAUAGUUGUCUAAAUCUACAACCCGUUUGAAUUGUUAUUUUCUAGAGUUUUUGCAAAAAAAAUACUAUAACUAUGUAAAGUAGAAAGGUGAUUGAAAAAUGUAUUCACGAAAAAUAUAAAAUGCUUUUGGAGAAAUUAUUUUUCGUA